CAACUCCGACUGCGCAUGCUCAACCCGUUGAAGGAGUAUGCUGUCAUGGCGGGGACGAGCUGAAGCUACGGUGCAGGCUAAAUCAGGAAGAGCAGGCGUUGGGACUAGGUUAACUCCGACAUUGAAUUAAGUCGAGGAGUUCCUAAAGGGACAACGACUGGACCUAUGUCCUUCGUCUAUUCUGACCGGAGCUGUGGACGGAUUUGACCCCGUUUCGGAGUUUUUUUUUUACUCUUGGCAGUUCGCUACCUGUCAAGUGUGGAGAGCCAGUGACAAUAGCAAGUUACGCUCCUGUACGCUAGUACCCUGGACACUAAAGCCGCUUGACCGGGUCGCUUAUACCUUGACAGUGAGGACAAAGUAUGGGAUACUGCACUCCUUUUACUCUUGCUAUCGUUUCCUCCAGCAGCGGGAAUUUUCUUAUUGCGUUUUAACUGCAUCACUUCAUCCUCGUAUCAAGUUUCUUACGAAGCAGAGGAGUUGACAGACAACUAACACGUACUGUUGUCGUAGCCACAUAUCCUCCUCGGUCUUUCAUCUGUAUUCCUGGUAGUUCUUGUUAAAGUGAUUUGGAUGGAGAGGGAAGAUAAUAUUAGUUGGUCUGUACCCUGUCAGUGGCUCAUCCGGAAGACCAAUAUAUAAGUAUAUUUCUCCGGCGAUAUCCAUUGCACCCACCCCCCCCUCCCCUGUCCCCGUCCCCGUCCAUUGUAAGUGAACAGGUGUUUUACCUGUGAGCCUACUGCCUUCCCUGAGAAAUGGCUAGUGAAGAGACAUUGAGUGUUUCCCAGACAAGUGAUGGAAAUGGGGAAACAUCCAACGCGGUGGCGCUUAACCCCGGAAUCCCCAUCAGGGGAAUACGGAUGAAAUUCGCUGUACUUGCUGGCCUGGUGGAAGUUGGCGAAGUUUCCAACCGAGACAUUGUCGAGACCGUCUUCAACCUGCUGGUUGGCGGGCAGUUUGACCUGGAGAUGAACUUCAUCAUCCAGGAGUGUGAGAGCAUCGUUUGCAUGGUGGAGCUCCUCGACCAGUGUGAGCCCACCUGCCAGGCCGAGGUGUGGAGCAUCUUCACGGCCAUCCUGAAGAAGAGCAUCCGUAACCUCCAGGCCUGCACGGACAUGGCCCUCAUCCAGCUGGUGCUGCAGCGAGUGGCUUCCACCGACAGCAUGAUCGCAGACCUAUUGGUGGACAUGCUGGGAGUUUUGGCCAGCUACAGCAUCACUGUGAAGGAAUUGAAGCUGUUUUUCAGUAAACUACAAGGAGAGAGAGGCCAGUGGCCUCCCCACGCGGUGAAGCUGCUGUCGGUGCUGAAGUGCAUGCCCCAGAGGAACGGCCCAGACGCCUUCUUCAGCUUCCCAGGGAAAAGCGCAGCUGCGAUAGCGCUGCCUCCGAUAGCCAAAUGGCCUUACCAGAACGGCUUUACCUUCCACACCUGGCUGCGCAUGGACCCGCUCAACAACAUCAACAUAGACAAGGACAAGCCUUACCUCUACUGCUUCCGCACCAGUAAAGGCCUGGGGUACUCUGCCCACUUUGUGGGCGGCUGUUUGAUCGUGACCUCGUUAAAGGCGAAGGGAAAGGGGUUCCAGCACUGCGUGAAGUACGACUUCAAACCACAGAAAUGGUACAUGGUGACCAUCGUGCACGUGUACAACCGCUGGAAGAACAGCGAGAUGAGCUGCUACGUCAACGGAGAGCUGGCUUCUUACGGCGACAUCACCUGGUUCGUCAACACCAGCGACACAUUUGACAAGUGCUUCCUGGGCUCUUCGGAGACGGCGGACGCCAACCGGAUGUUCUGCGGCCAGAUGGGGGCGGUCUUCUUGUUUGGCGAGGCCCUCAGUGCCGCUCAGAUUCUGGCCAUCUACCAGCUGGGCCCAGGAUACAAGGGUACAUUUAAAUACAAGGCGGAGAGCGACCUGCUGUUCGCCGAGCACCACAAAACGCUGCUGUACGACGGCAAGCUGUCGGGCAGCAUCGCCUUCACCUAUAACCCCCGCGCUACCGACGCCCAGCUCUGCCUGGAGUCCUCCCCCAAGGACAACGCCUCCAUCUUCGUGCACUCACCCCAUGCGCUCAUGCUGCAGGAUGUGAAGGCAGUGGUGACCCACUCGGUCCAGAGUGGGAUCCACUCCAUCGGAGGAGUGCAGGUGCUCUUCCCUCUGUUUGCACAGCUGGACUGUUACCAGCCCUCCAGUCAAGAGCUGGAUACCUCCGUCUGCUGCACGUUGCUCUCCUUCGUCAUGGAGCUGCUGAAGAACUCGGUGGCCAUGCAGGAGCAGAUCCUGGCUUGCAAAGGCUUCCUGGUCAUAGGCCACACUCUGGAGAAGUCUUCCAAGAUGCACGUGACGCGGCCGGUGCUGGACAUCGUCCUGGCCUUCGCCCGCUACCUGUGUAACCUGCAGAACGGCGUCAUGCUGCUCAAACAGCUGUGUGACCACAUCCUUUUCAACCCCGCCAUCUGGAUCCACGCCCCUGCCAAGGUGCAGCUGAUGCUGUACACCUACCUUGCCACGGAGUUCAUCAGCACCGUGACCAUCUACAACGCCGUGCGGCGGGUGGGCACGGUGCUGCAGGUCAUGCACACGCUCAAGUACUACUACUGGGUGGUCAACCCUUUGGACCGCAGCGGUGUGGUACCCAAGGGCCUCGAUGGGCCCAGACCGACCCAGAAGGAGAUCUACUCCCUUCGAGCCUUUCUGCUGUUGUUUGUCAAGCAGCUCAUCAUGAAGGAUCACGGUGUGAAGGAAGACGAGCUACAGAGCAUCCUCAACUAUCUGCUCACGAUGCAUGAGGACGAUAACCUCAUGGACGUGCUGCAGCUGCUGGUGGCUCUGAUGUCGGAGCACCCCGGCUCAAUGGUGCUGGCCUUCGAGCAGCGCAACGGGAUCCGCGUGAUCUACAAGCUACUCGCGGCCAAAAACGAAGCUGUUCGAGUCCAGACACUGAAAAUCUUGGGCUACUUUCUCAAGAACUUGCAACCAAAGAGGAAGGCAGAGGUCAUGCUCGGUCACGGCCUCUUCUCGCUGCUCAGCGAGAGGCUGAUGCUCAACUGCAGCCAGGUCACCAUGACAACAUACAACGCGCUGUUUGAGAUUCUGACGGAGCAGAUCUGCACCCAAGUGAUCCAUAAGCAGCACCCGGACCCUGACUCUUCUGUGAAGAUCAUCAACCCACAGAUCCUGAAGGUGAUCGCUGGCCUGCUGAAGAACUCUCCGAAUUCUCCUGAGACCAUGGAGGUGCGCCGGGUCUUCCUGUCCGACAUGAUCAAGAUGUUCAAUAACAGCAGAGAGAACCGCAGGAGUCUGCUGCAGUGCUCGGUGUGGCAGGAGUGGAUGCUCUCGCUGUGCUUCCUCAGCGCCAACAGCAGCGAGGAGCACAAGAUCAACGAGAUGGUGUACGCCGUGUUCCGCAUCCUGCUCUACCACGCCGUCAAGUACGAGUGGGGCGGCUGGCGCGUCUGGGUGGACACGCUGUCCAUCACACACUCCAAGGUGUCCUUUGAGCAGCACAAGCACCACCUCGCCCGCAUGUUCACCCAGUACCAGCAGCAGGAGUCCUUGGCUCCCAGCGCUGCCAUCCGCACCGUCUCCGCCGCCAGCCACGACGCAGAGACCUCCACCGAGGAAACGGCCCCCUCCACCGUCAUAGAACUCACCGUGGACGAGGGGGUCCACGAUCAGAGCACGCCCGAUUCCACGUCCACUCCCAACCUCUCCUCCAGCCCAACAGAGGGCGCCGGAGAGAGUGGGCCUGCAGCCGUCGGCGUGUCGAACAUUCUGGCUGGGCUAGAGGGAGAGGAAGACCCGCCGUCUCCCAGCGACGAAGAGACCAAAGCAGCUGGAGAUGCCGGCGUUGAGGCCCAACUGGAGGAGCCCAAAACCGAAGCACGCUCUGAAACGCCUGAUGGCGACGAUUCACAAAGCGCCUCGGCCUCGCCGACUGAAGUGGCGAGCGCCUUGGCGUCGAGCCCUGCGGAGGUGGGCGUCGCCCUGACGCAAACGGUCAAAAACACUACUGACAGCACCGACACUGAAGACACACAGAUACCUCAGAGCGACGGCGACAAGCCCAGAGAAAGCGUGCCGGAGGAUUCCCUGAAUGUUCCUGAGGGGGUCUCGUCAGAGCCCGACGCUAAGGAUAACCAGGAGGCUGUGGAGGCCAGCACCGUGGAGGCGGUUGAAGGCGGAGAUGGAGCCUCCGUCUCCAACGAAGACCCCAGCGAUGCUGUCGACAGCCUGGAGCCGUCCUCGGGUGAGGACACGAAGGCGGGAAAAAAGGAAGUAGAAGUAGAAGAAGAAGUCGAUGCUGAUAAGACGGGGAUUGAGGAAGAGAAGAAGGAGGAGGAGGAGGAGAAAGCAACGGCGAGAGAAAGUGAGAGUGAGAAGAACGAGGAGACAGUUUCGGACCCCCAGAGUGAAGGUUUGAAGACCGAAGAGGCUGACGCUCCCGUGCCUGAUGCCCCCCCAACCGACCCACAAUCCUCGGACUCCGAGGCGCCCCCUUCGGCUCAGGAGUCCUCGGCCAUGGCCACUCCCAUCCCUGCGGAUCCCCAGAGCGCCGCAGCCACCACCAAAGAAGAAGUAGCCCAAGCAGAGGCCUCUGCGUCAAGCACGGCGCCCCCUAGCACCAACACACAGAAGGCCGCCGAGCCGGCCGCCCCCACCAAAGAGAUCAAGAUCGCCCGGCUGGACGUGUCCAACGUGGCCUUAGACACCGAGAGGCUGGAGCUGAAGGAGACCUCUGCAAGCGAGCCCAGCGGCUCGAGUGCGUCGGUCUCCGCGGGAGGUCCUGCGCCGGCCCGGGACCCCGCCACCGCCUCCUCCUCCUCCUCCUCCGGUCCUCGCUCCACCAUGUUCCGCAUCCCGGAGUUCCGCUGGUCCCAGAUGCACCAGCGUCUCCUAACAGACCUGCUGUUCUCCAUCGAGACGGACGUCCAGAUGUGGAGGAGCCACUCCACCAAGACAGUGCUGGACUUUGUGAACAGCAGUGAGAACGUGGUGUUUGUCCACAACACGGUGCACCUCAUCUCCCAGGUGGUGGACAACCUGGUGAUGGCCUGUGGAGGCAUCCUGCCACUGCUCUCUGCUGCUACCUCCUCCUCGCACGAGCUGGAGAACAUCGAGCCGUCGCAGGGCCUGACGGUGGAGGCCUCUCUCACCUUCCUGCAGCGGCUGGUCAACCUGGUGGACGUCCUCAUCUUCGCCAGCUCCCUCAACUUCAACGAGAUCGAGGCGGAGAAGAACAUGUCCUCCGGGGGCAUCCUGCGCCAGUGCCUACGCCUCGUGUGUGCCAUGGCCGUGAGGAACUGUCUGGAGUGUCAACAGCACUUCCAGCCCGGAUCGGACUCCAUGGGCCGCUCCCACGCCACCGCACCCGGCACCGGGUCCAUGGCUGCACAGAGUCCCGUUGACGUGGUUACCGGGGGAGUUUCUCCCAUCAGUGACAUGGACCGGCUGCUGCAGGACAUGGACAUCAACCGACUGAGGGCUGUUGUCUUCCGAGAUAUCGAGGACAGUAAGCAGGCCCAGUUCCUGGCUCUGGCCGUGGUCUACUUCAUCUCAGUGCUCAUGGUGUCCAAGUACCGCGACAUACUGGAGCCCCAAAACCACAAGAAGACCCCAUCACGCACCCAGUCUUCCCGGAGCACAGACAGCGGCGGCGUCCACGGCGGGCUGGAGCUGGAGAACGGCGUUCCUAUCCAGCGCUGCGACUCGGGCAUCAGCGAUGACCGUGCCUCCGCCGACGCGGCCGCCCCCCCGGGCGCCGGCGCCACCACCACCACCACCACCGUCGGCGGCGGGCCGGACGCCAUCUCGGAGGCCCUGUCCACACUGUCCUCCGAGGUGCGGCCCCCUCCCGCUGACGCCAAGGGCAAGAACGUCAAGGACAUCCUGCGCAGCCUGGUGAGCGCGCCCCACGAGGACGUGGUGGUGGACUCGGGGCUCCUCCCGCCGGCCUUCCUGGGCGCGCUGGGCGACGCCUCCAGAGACCCGUCCCGCUCCUUCCGCUCCUUUGAUAGGAGCGUGGUCGUGGCGCCCAAGAAGGCCAGCUCCUCGUCCACAUCGUCCGCCGCCUCGACCUCCUCCUCCUCCGCCGGCGCCUCCGCUGGGAUGCCCGCCGACAGCGUUGCCGUGGUUUCAUCCACUACCCAGAGCACCUCUGCUGAUGCAGCUGCAGGAGGCCAGGCUCCAGCCAGCACCAACCUGCCAUCUGUCCCCAUCCUCGCCCCCAUCAGCACCACCCCCAGCAUGAGCAUCUCCGAGCGCCUGGAGCAUACUCUGGAGAAGUCGGCCCCCCUGCUGAGGGAGAUCUUCGUGGACUUCGCUCCCUUCCUCUCUCGCACCCUGCUGGGCAGCCAUGGGCAGGAGCUCCUCAUAGAGGGCACAAGCCUGGUGUGCAUGAGGUCCAGCAGCUCCGUGGUGGAGCUGGUCAUGCUGCUGUGCUCACAGGAAUGGCAGAACUCCAUCCAGAAGAACGCUGGGCUGGCCUUCAUCGAGCUGGUGAAUGAGGGCAGACUUCUGAGUCACACUAUGAAGGACCACCUGGUGCGGGUGGCCAACGAGGCGGAGUUCAUCCUCAGCCGACAGAGGGCCGAAGACAUCCAGAGACAUGCAGAGUUUGAGUCCAACUGUGCUCAGUACGCGGCGGAGAAGCGCGACGAGGAGAAGAUGUGCGACCACCUCAUCCGGGCGGCCAAGUACCGCGACCACGUCACCUCCACGCAGCUGGUCCAGAAGAUCGUCCACAUCCUCACCGACAAGCACGGGGCCUGGGGGAACUCCUGUGCCAGCAGCCGGCCCAGGGAGUUCUGGCGCCUCGACUACUGGGAGGACGACCUGAGGCGUCGCCGCCGCUUCAUCAGGAACCCCUUCGGAUCCACGCACGGCCAGGCCACACUCAAAGGCGCCGCCGAACACGUCAAUAGUACCAGCGCUUCCGAUGAAGAUAUCCUCAAAGGCAAACAGUCAAUCAGAGGUCAGGGCCUGGCCAAUCAGAACUCUGAGAGUGACGUUUUCUCAGACGGAGACGAUGAGACUCUAUCAUCAUUGGAAGAGAAGGACUUGGAGAAUCUAACAGGGUCCGUGAACCUGACGACCAGCGCAGAGCUCGUGGCUCCGGCCGCGGUGGUGAAGGGCACGCUGUCCAUCACAUCCUCGGAGGUUUACUUCGAGGUGGAUGAGGACGAGCCCAGCUUCAAGGCCAUCGAUCCCAAGAUCUUGGCGUACACAGAGGGCCUCCACGGGAAAUGGCUGUUCACGGAGAUCCGCGCUGUCUUCUCCAGGCGCUACCUGCUGCAGAACACCGCCCUGGAAGUCUUCAUGGCCAACAGAACGGCGGUCAUGUUCAACCUACCCGACGCCUCCAUUGUGAAGAAGGUGGUCCACUGUCUGCCUCGUGUCGGGGUGGGCACGAACUUUGGCCUUCCUCAGACCAGGCGGAUCUCUCUGGCCUCCCCCAAGCAACUGUUCAAGGCUUCCACCAUGACCCAGCGGUGGCAGCGACGCGAGGUCUCCAACUUUGAAUACCUCAUCUUCCUCAACACCGUCUCUGGACGCACCUUCAAUGACCUCAACCAGUACCCGGUCUUCCCCUGGGUCAUCACCAACUACGACUCGGAGACACUGGACCUGACUCUGCCCAGCAACUUCCGGGACCUCUCCAAGCCCAUCGGUGCUCUGAACCCCAAGAGGGCGGCGUUCUUCUCUGACCGCUAUGAAUCCUGGGAGGAUGAACAGGUCCCCAAGUUCCACUACGGGACCCACUACUCAACCUCCAGCUUCGUCCAGACCUGGCUGCUGCGCGUCGAGCCCUUUACAACGUUCUUCCUCAACUUCCAAGGCGGGAAGUUUGACCACGCGGACCGAACCUUCUCCUCCGUGGCGCGGGCCUGGAGGAACUGCCAAAGAGACACGUCCGACGUCAAGGAGCUGAUCCCAGAGUUCUACUACCUGGCCGAGAUGUUCAUCAACUCCAACGACUACAGCCUCGGCGUGAUGGAGGACGGCACGGCCGUCUCGGAUGUUGAGCUCCCUCCCUGGGCCAAGACACCCGAGGAGUUUGUCCGCAUCAACCGGCUGGCGCUGGAGAGUGAGUUUGUGUCGUGCCAGCUGCACCAGUGGAUCGACCUGAUCUUCGGCUACAAGCAGCAGGGCCCCGAGGCCACCAGGGCCCUCAACGUCUUCUACUACCUGACCUACGAGGGCGCCGUGAACCUCAGCUCCAUCACGGACCCCAUGCUGCGUGAGGCUGUGGAGUCUCAGAUCAGGAGCUUUGGACAGACGCCCUGCCAGCUGCUCAUCGAACCACACGCACCCCGCAGCUCCGCUAUGCAAGUGACGCCCCUGAUGUUCACGGAGCAGAUGCAGCAGGACGUCAUCAUGGUGCUCAAGUUCCCCUCCAACUCGCCCGUCACUCACGUGGCGGCCAACACCCAGCCGGGCCUGGCCGCGCCCGCCAUCAUCACUGUCACCGCCAACCGCCUCUUCGCCGUCAACAAGUGGCACGGCCUCACGGCCAAUCAGAGCUCGGCGGUGCAGGAUCAGCAGUACCAACUUCCUGUGGAAAUUGACCCUCUAAUAGCUAACAACCUGGGAGGUCCUCGCCGUCAGAUCUCUGACCUGCUGGACCAGAGCAUCCACAUCAGCUCCCAGUGUUUCCUCAUCACCGCCGACAACCGCUUCAUCCUCCUCUGUGGCUUCUGGGACAAGAGCUUCCGGGUGUACUCCACCGACUCAGGGAAGCUGACUCAGAUAGUGUUUGGCCACCGGGACGUGGUGACCUGCCUGGCCCGCUCAGAGUCCUACAUCGGGGGGGACUGCUACGUGCUGUCGGGCUCCCGGGACGCCACCCUGCUCCUCUGGUACUGGAACGGCAAGAACAACAGCAUCGGAGAGAGCCCUGGCACGGAGUUUGUGUCGUCCCGAGCCAUCCUGACGGGCCACGACUGCGAGGUGACGUGCGCCAGCGUGUGUGCUGAGUUGGGUCUGGUCAUCAGCGGCUGCAAGGAGGGCCCUUGUCUGAUCCACUCCAUGAACGGGGACCUGCUGCGCACCCUGGAGGGCCCCGAGGGCUGUGUGCGGCCCCGCCUCAUCCAGGCGUCCACGGAGGGCCACUGCAUGGUGUACUACGACAAGGGCCACUUCUGCCUGUUCAGCGUCAACGGCAAGCUGCUGGGGCACCACGAGCUGGAGGACAGCAUCAAGGCGAUGCAGAUGAGUCGUGACGGCCAGUACCUGCUGACGGGGGGAGACGGAGGGGUGGUGUCCGUCUGGCAGAUCCACGACCUCAAGCAGCUCUUCACCUACCCGGGCUGCGACGCCGGGAUCCGCUCCAUGGCCUUGUCCAAUGACCAGAGGUGCAUCAUAACAGGCAUGGCGUCUGGCAGCAUCGUCCUGUUCUACAACGACUUCAACAGAUGGCACCACGAGUACCAGACCAGAUACUAGAACAGACCAGACCAGAUGCUAGACCAGACCAGAUACUAGACCAGACCAGAUACUAGACUAGACCAGAUCAGAUACUAGACCAGACCAGAACAGAUACUAGACCAGACCAGAUACUAGACUAGACCAGAUCAGAUACUAGACCAGACCAGAUCAGAUACUAGACCAGACCAGACCAGAACAGAUACUAGACCAGACCAGAUACUAGACUAGACCAGAUCAGAUACUAGACCAGACCAGAUCAGAUACUAGACCAGACCAGAUACUAGACUAGACCAGAUCAGAUACUAGACCAGACCAGAUCAGAUACUAGACCAGACCAGAUACUAGACUAGACCAGAUCAGAUACUAGACCAGACCAGAUCAGAUACUAGACCAGACCAGAUACUAGACUAGACCAGAUCAGAUACUAGACUAGACCAGAACAGAUACUAGACCAGACCAGAUACUCGACCAGAUACCAGACCAGACCAGACCAGACCAGACCAGACCAGAUACCAGAAUAGACCAAAUACCAGACUAGACCUGAUUCUAGGCCGGACCAGACCAGACCCGAUACUGACUCUCUGUGUUGGAGUCUCAGUAGCACACAGCCGUCCACACCCUGAUAUCCUGAAUGUAAUCUAAAGAAAACAUACUGUCAACGUUAUAUCGAGAAGAGGCAAACUAUUUUUGAAAAAGAAAAAAAGGUAAAAUACAAAGGACAUUGCUAUAUUUUGUAGAUGAUUUAGAAGAUGUUUUCUUAUGGUAUAAAUGAAAGGGUGGGGGGUUAUAUACUGUACGGUUAAAAAAGCAAAAUCUAUUUUUAGCUGUAAGAGUCUAUUUUCAUCUCUUUGGGAGGAAAAUGAUGAUGUGUGCAAAGCUAGCAAGAUGUGUUCACGAUCCAAAUAUUUAUCUACUGUUGGGUGAGCGAUUAUGUUUUUUUUUGUUUUUUUUCAAUCGGUGUGACGGUGGGGACUUAUAUAAAAAAUGAAACCUACACACAUAUAUAUAAAUAAAUAAAAGGUGUUGUAUUUUUAAUAUGCCCUAUGCCACUGUGGCGUCCCACAGGGUUCACUACGUUAGACAGUACACAGUGGCGGAGGAGUCCUUGUAACAGGACGUCGCAGUGAAAUGAAGGUUAAACACGUAUACCUAACACCUGUCUCAAUGUAACCCUCUUGUUUCUGGUCCCCUUGUGCUUCACGAGUGACUGCCUCCCCCCCCCACCUCCCCUCGCCCUCACCCUUUGCAUGGUUCCCCACUCAACUACCUACCCGUCGCAAUCAUUAACUUAAUCAAUAACUGUAUCGUUCAAUUGCACUGGACUGCGCUGGCCGGCGCAAGCAUUUCAGAUUUCUGCGGAUGGGAGGCGUGGUUCGACUUCCCGUCGCAAUUUAUGUCAUGGAUAAUUUUUGCGUUCGAUUUUUUUUGUUUUUGUUUUUUUAAUGUUUCAGAGUACAAAAGCAAAGGGUUUAGCUCUCUUUUCUGAUCACAUAUCCACAAUGGAAGUUCUAGUUUUGAGUGUUGGACUUGAUUAUCGCCGUUCUAUUAGUCAUGUGUCUAUUAGUUAUCAGGUCAACUCUAGAUUUCUUAGUACCUCGGAUUGUUUUCUUUGUUUCCGGGGCAACAACCUUCUCGUCCAACCGGAGAUGAUUGUGAACUGAAAGACAGCAUUUCUGUCGAGCUCCAUUUAUUUUUGUUUUGUGUUUUGUCACUCUCUCUUUUGGUUCUUCUUCAGACUAUGAUGUGUGACGUUUAAAAGAAAAACAUAACAUGCGAGGAUGAGUCGUAGCUCGCGUCCUCUGGAUUCUGUGAAAUGUCUUGCCUUGGCUUCGACCAAACAUUCCAUUAUGGUUUUAACUGAGCUUGGUGUGGUUUCAAGUAUUCAAUUAAAUCCCAAAAAGAAUAUAAUCUCGUUAUGUAUGGCUCAAUCUGGAGUGUGUUUGGUGUUUGCAGAGCUAUGACAAUAAAAUGUUAUUUUAUAACUUCAAUGCGGGCCACAUUUUUUUCUGCGUUAAAAUAAUGGUCACACAGUACGUUUUUUGAAGCAUUUUUAUUUAUUUUUUCUUAAUCAAAAUGCAUUUAUUUGUUCCAACUCACUCUACCUAUAUAAACUAAACUGUUGCUCAAAGUCUUAAGUCCCUUUUCGGCGCAGUAGCAAAGCAAUGUACAAGUUGUUCUUUGAAACUUACACAAAAACAUAUUUUAUGUAGUGUCUUUCCUUCUUGGAUCCAUGUACAUCUUUGAACAUUUUGAAUUUGUAACUGCCGAAAUUAUGAGAGGAGCAGUGUUACAGCCUUAUUGUGGGAUGCAGUUUAGGGCAUCUGCCUUGUAAUGGCUUAACCCCAAUAUAUUUCAUUCGUAGUGUUGUGUAUGGUGUUUAAGAUGACAGUAGGACGCAACAUGACCAUAGCUUAAUCUUAGGUCUCAAGUCUGUUGGAUGUCCACAGAUGGCUUCGGUACAACGGACCAUUUCUGCUCAAGAACUACUCCUCUUAUCACACAAUCCUUCCUGUUCAGCUGGUUGCAUGUAUAACUACUAGCUACAAGUAUAUACUUUAUUUAUUGAGAAGUAAUACUAACAAACAAAACUCCAAAAGGCAACAAAGCUAGGUUUGACCAAGGUAAAUGCAAACAUUGUAUGAGGAAUCUACGUUUCUACUAGCCUCUCUAAACUAAUCCAGCUGUUUUUACAAGCAGCCAGGCCAGAAAUAAAUAUAUAUUUGAUGUGCUGAAAUACUUGUCGUAGGAUUUCGCUCACAAGCAAGAGGACACCACAUCAACAAAAAAUAAGUGCAAGGAAUAUGCAAGGAAUAAUUAGUCACAAAACAACAAUGGGCAACCUUGUUCGGUAAAUAAAUAAUAAUAAAGAAAAUAAUUCACAUUAAUCUCAAUUCGUAUUCCGGACAUUAUCAAAGACGACCCCUCAAGAAAAUAU